UCUUUCUCCUUCCUCUGUAUGUCGGUUCUUCUCUCUCCUUGUCGUCUUGUUCUACCUCACUCUAACGCGGCUUUCAUUUCCCCCCUUCCAUAACCAAACCACAUCAAAUCAAACCUUUCUUUUUCCUUGGCUUCUUCGUUCAUCUGCAUUUUUCUCAAACACUGCCAGUUUCAGUACCCAAAAGAGUACCGCUUCCUUUUCUCUGAGAAUUCGAUUUGUUACUCAUGAAAAGUGGAAAAUCAAAUUCUUGGCGCGGAUAUGGUGAGCCUCCUUGGAAAUUCAAAGGCAGCGCCGUGUAUCAGCUCCAUCUUGUGAAAGCUGAAAAAGCUCGAGCGAAUUGCGGGAUUUGAUUUUGUGUUUAACCAUUGGCUUAUUACAGAUACACACUUGGUGGUUUUUUCCUCGCCAACUAUGAGGACAGUCCAGCAGGUGUAUUUGACGAGUUGGUGGUGAUCGCCGGAAUCGUAUGGAACCGCCCAACAUCCUGCGCAUGGGCUGCACGAGUCUAUGUGAACAGUGAUCGGGCUUGCGAUCAUGGACGCAAGGAGGUGGGCCUCCCCAGUCAAGUGGCGAGAUUUUCGAAAAGAAUUUCAGCAGUUACGAGGAAGAAGAGCGGACUUUUGGACACAAUGGGAAUUCAUGCCUCCUCAUGCAAUGGGAUGGAAGAUGUACAAGUAACCGAAAUCAAGAGCCCUGAUCUGUAUAAUAUCAGUCUCGCAAGUGCUGCAGUACCUGCUUUGAAUGUUAAGCAAUGGAUGGGUCCAACAAUCAAAAUGUCACUUCCAAGCUUUAGUGGGGGUACAGAGUAUAAUCCUAACUUACUUAAGUACUCUUGCCAAAUUGAAUGCAGGGUGCAAGCAGUGCAACCUUUGACAGUUUCACGGGCAACUCCCACAAUGACAAAUGAUGACAGAAAAGAGGAUAUUGGACGUAUUAAAAAUGAGACGCACAACAUGAGCACCUGUGUGAUGUUAUCCAAACCCAUAUUAGCUCUCAAGUUCAGUGAAAUGAAGAUGCAGGUGGAAGCUCCUAUUGUAUUUUCACAAACGUCCUCUGCGACAUUAUGAAAUGGGCCGUGUAGUGAAACGUGAGUUCUUUUUUAAUUAGAAAAGAAAAGAAAAGAAAAAAGCUGUGGGUUUGCUUGGAUGUUGUUGAAUCUAACUGAUGACAUGAUUGCUCUCUAUAUGGUUUUUUUUCCCUAGAUGUAACAUUCACAAAAUGAGUUAAUCCUCAUGCUUGAUGUAAGAUCUAAUUAUCUAAUUUAA